AUGAUGUGCCACCUCAACAAGUCCUUGUAUGGUCUCAAGCAGGCACCCCGAGCCUGGCACAGCAGGCUCGCCUCCUUCCUGUUGUCCCUUGGAUUCACUGAGGCUCAAUCGGACAACUCCCUUUUCAUUCUCCGCCGUGGCACCGACACUGUCUACCUCUUACUCUAUGUUGAUGACAUCGUACUGACUGCAUCCUCUAGCAGGCUUCUUCAGUGGAUCAUUUCAGCACUGCAGUCUGAGUUUCCGAUGACGGAUCUUGGGGCUCUCCAUCACUUCCUCAGCAUCAGUGUAUCUCGGCACUCCUCCGGUCUCCUGCUAAGUCAACGACAAUAUUGCAUCGACAUCCUGGAACGUGCAGGCAUGACUAACUGCAAGCCCUGCAACACUCCCGUUGAUACCUGUGCCAAGCUAUCUAGCAUUGAGGGCGCCCCGGUUGCUGACCCGACGGAUUUUUGCAGUCUCGCUGGUGCACUACAGUACCUCACCUUCACUCGUCCUGACAUCUCUUAUGCUGUACAGCAAGUCUGCCUUCACAUGCAUGACCCUCGUGAACCCCAUCUCAGUGCGCUCAAACGGAUUCUGCGCUAUAUUCGAGGUACUUUGGACUUGGGCCUCCACAUCCAACGCUCUGCCAAAGACGACCUCGUCGUAUAUUCUGAUGCAGACUGGGCAGGUUGUCCCAACACCCGGAAGUCCACUUCCGGUUAUGCCGUCUUCCUUGGUGACAACUUGGUGUCCUGGUCCUCCAAACGCCAGAACACGGUCUCCCGCUCCAGUGCCGAGGCCACCUGGCUCCGCCAACUACUCCAUGAGCUCCACUCCCCUCCGUCCAAGGCCACUAUGGUGUAUUGCGACAAUGUCAGUGCGGUCUACCUUUUGUCCAAUCCCGUGCAACAUCAACGGACAAAGCAUGUUGAGAUUGAUCUCCACUUCGUCCGUGAAAAGGUCGCCGUCGGUGCUAUUCGUGUCCUCCACGUGCCCAUGACGUCUCAAUACGCUGACAUCUUCACCAAGGGACUUCCUUCACCGGUCUUCACCGAGUUUGGUUCCAAUCUCAACGUCCGCUAG